AUGAAGUUCGAUGGCUGGGUGUCCAUGCAAUUGGACAACCGUGUUCGUGUGGAUAAUACCCGUGAGCCUUGGACAAUUGCUAGUGUUGGAGAACUCUUGACGGAGGGUCGCAAAAAGGCGAUGAUGGAUGGCAAGGGUCAUAUACAAGGGGACCUGAAGCAAGAGGCUAAGGAGGCCAAUCUCGCCCAAGUCAUCAACAGCGAAGUCCCUCGUAUCACCUUCAACUACUUCACCAUGCACAACAUCGCCUGGUUCCUCCUCACCGAUCUCAAGCGCGCCUCCACCGCCGAAGUCGGCCCCGAGUUCCUCAACUACAUACCCUCCGAGGACCAGCUCCCCUUUGUAGUAGGUUACGUUUUCUCGACGACCUCGGGGCACGGCUCCGAUGUUCGAAAGCCCGGCGUGGGAAUGACAGGUUCCUCAACGUGGCCAUAA